AUGGCGGUCACGACCGAACCCGCACCCCGCGACACCGGCCCGUUCGAGAGACCGCUCACACCACCUGCGCCGCUCCACCCAGGCUACUACGAUGAGCAGCGCAAUUCGGCUCUCCCGCCCACACCACAUACGCCGUUCGUGGAGAGACGCCCGCUUCCGCCGACACCCGGGCUCCGCCCAUACCUCUCCCUCGGGCCGCGUCUCCUGCUGUCCGUCUUCAGCCCAGCCUUGAUCCCUCUCAUGUUCACCGUGGCGCACCUGGUCCAGACCCGGGCAUCGACGGCAGCACUUGCCGCCAGCCUCAAGAACGACGUCAUGUCCGCCUGUGGCGGCCUUGCUACCGGCGCCAGCAUCCUCCAGUCGAUCCCCCGCUACCUCGCCAUGCAGACCAACGCCGAGCUUCUCCGCGCAGCGCGUCAGACGGUGAUGGGCAUCGGUCUCGCCCUCAUGGACAUCAUUCUUGUCAUCGAGGCCGUCCUCAAGUUUGUCAUCGACAUGUAUCGCAGCCUCCUCAUGUGCGUGAUUCAGCUCGUCGUGCAAGGUACAUUGUCUGUCCUGAUCGGAGCGGUCGAGGCGAUUUCAAAAGCCGUGACUGCUUCGCUGGAUGCGAUUCGCACGAGCAUCCAGAACGACAUAGCGUCGUUCAACAAUAUCGUCCAGAAAGCCGUCGGGGCAGUGAACAACGUCGUGUCCGUCUUCGGAACAUCGAUCAGUAUCCCCGCCGUCAACAUCCCCUCAUUGGCUUUCCUCCAAAAUGUUACCAUCCCCACGACGUUUGAAGACUCGCUCAUCAAGCUCAACAAGUCGCUGCCGACGCUCGACGAGGUGCGCACCUUGCUGGACAAGGUCAUCGACAUGCCGCUCGACAAACUUAUUGACGAAAUCAACGUCACGCGGCAUGAGAUUGCCGCGCAGAUCAACGACUCGAUUCUCCCGACCCCGUCUCUGCACUCGCUCGGCGCCGGCAACGCGGCCCAGCUCCAAGCCGAGCUGUGUAACAACGUUGACACGAGCCUCAUCGACGACACGGCCAAGGCGCUGCACACCCUCGGUACCACGGCCAUCGCGCUCAUGAUCCUGCUCAUCAUCCUCGGCUGGUGCGUCCUCGCCUUCUGGGAGUGGCGCCGCUGGCACUGCAUGAAGCAGUCUGUCGAGGCCGUCGAAACCGAGUUGGCGACGCACGGCUCAACGGACGCGUGGAUGGUCGUCUCGGCAGUCGAGCACCCCGUCAUCUACCGCUACGGGGUGCCUGUUCUCCGACGAGUGGCGCCGACGCCGCGGCUGAGAGCCAACCUCCGCUGGUUCUUGUCCUACCUCGCCCACCCGACCCUCCUCUCCCUCCUCUGCCUGUCCGUCAUCGGUCUCGUCGUCCUCCAGAUCCAGCUCGGCGCCCUGCACGCGAUCCAGCACCACGCCGAGAAGAACGCCAACGCCACCAUGGCCAAGACGACGGGCGACCUCGUCUCCAAGCUCAACGCCAUGUCCGCCAACGCCUCGGCCUCCUACGCCAACGACGCAAACAAGGCCAUCGCCGCGAUCGAGUACAGAAUCAACGACGAGCUCUUCGGGCACUGGAUCAACUCGACGGCCAAGACUCUCAACAACACCCUCGUGGCGUUCUACUCCGAGGUCGAGUCGGUCCUCAACACGACGUUUGGCGGCACAAUCCUCUACAACCCCAUCAACACGUUCGUGUACUGCAUCCUCGGCAACAAGAUCACCAACCUCGAGAAGGGGAUCACCUGGGUAUCCAACAAUGCGCACGUCACGUUCCCCACAGUGCCGGUCGACGUGCUCCAGAUGUCCAACUCGUCCAUGCACGAGCUCGUGGCGCCUGUCACAGCUGCUGCCGUUGGCUCUGGCCCGGGUAACGGCGACGGCGGCGCACUCGGCAAGCUCAUCAACAACUUUGCGUCGGCAAUCCGCGUCCAGCAGAUCAUGUACGGCAUCAUCCUCGCCGUAUGGGCCGCGCUGCUGCUCGUCGGGCUCGCCAUCGUGCUGUGGCACAGUGGCAUCGGGGACCGGUUCGCCGCGCGGCGCGCGGCGCGGAGCAACGGCCCCUCGGGACCCCGGCCACCCUUCAGACGUCCGCCUUCGUGGCCGUGGUCGAGACCGCCGCUGUACGAGCAGCAUGCCAGCUCGUCCGAGAUGUUCACCGAGUCGAAGGACGUUACUGCCUCGCAUACGUCGACAGACCCAGCACCGUCAACAAGGGCCGAGACGCUGAGACAGCUGUUCGCGCCGGCCCAGGCCUUCCUCGGCAUGAGUGGGUACGUGCGCUCGGCGUCGCCGGCACCUUUGCCCCCACUGCCGCCGCCCCCGCUUCCCAAGCUCCCUGCCACGCCGGUGGAAGAGAAGGAGGGGCUCGAGCCCCAGUCGUUCUGGAUCACACGCGCCAUCGGCGCCAUCGGCAGCGGAAGGAACUCGGUUUCGCGUGGCGCUCGGCUCGGCGCCGCAAUGCGGGGGGGCGACGUCGAGGGGGAACCUGCGACAAUGACCCAGACACGCGCCCUGUACCCUGUUACUCGGCCUGUUGGCGACAACGCGGCGGCCUUGUCAAGACCAGCAGCGGCCCCAACAGCCUCACCACACGACCCGUUCGCCGACCACCACGCCACCAGCGGCAGCGGCAGCGCGUUCAACGACGCGCGCGCCGUGCCGGCCAUCACGGUCGAGGCGGCGCGUGAUUCCCUUCCGGCCGCCACUGACCCGUUCGCGGAUGCUGCAGCGCGUCCCGCGUCAAACGUGUCAAAUCCGUUCGCCUACCGGCGCUACGACGACGGCGAGAGCGUGCGGCGUGCGAUCGGUGACACUGGCGACGACUACGGCGCCGACGUGCCCCCGAGCCCCGGGCUGACCGACCGCUCGAGCAUGGGCUCGGCGUAUGCACCGCGCGUUGAGAGCGCAAAGGCCGGGCGUACCUCGUUCGUCGCCAUCCUCACCAACAUGCAGGACAAGCGGCGCCGCGAGGCGGCCGCAAGACGGGUGACGCCCUUCAUGCCUGACGCGAUGAGGACGCCGACGCCGGAAGUCAAGGUGGCUGGCACACCUGAGCCGAGCGCCGUGCCGGCCAUGCCUGGUGCAUGA